AGGACGCGGAGCGCGGAGCGAUGGCUCUGGCGGCGAGCACCGAGAGCUAACGGCGGAGGAGCCCCCGGGGCCAUCGGGCCGGGUCGCAGCCCCUCGGCAUGGCGCGGGCGGCCCGGCUGCUGCUCGGAGCGCUGCUCUGCGGAGUGGCAGAGUGUCGAGGGGUGCUGGACAGCAAUCAGCGAUUUUCGUCGUUCCCGACGUACCUGCCCGUGAGCUACCGGCUCUUCAACGCCGAGACCUCCUUCUUCCUCAAAGAAGCCAACCAGGACUUCAUGAGAAACUCCAGUUUGCAGUCCAGGGUGGAAUCAUUCUUCCCGUACAAAGCCAAGAGGCCUCCCGUGCUGAACGCCAGCUACGGCCCCUUCUCCGUGGAGCAGGCAGUGCCCCAGGAGCUCCUGCUCACCUCCAGCUCCUUCGGCACCACCAACAAAUUCACCUACAACUGGAAGCUGCAGGCCUACAUCCUGAGCAGCAAGAUCUACCUGAGCAAGCCCAGGGUGCAGGUGCUGUUCUACAUCGUGGGCAGGGACUGGGACGAGCACAGCCCCGCGGAGCGGCUGCCCUGCCUGCGCGUGUUCGCCUUCCGCGAGACGCGCGAGGUGCGCGGCAGCUGCCGGCUGCGGGGGGACCUGGGGCUCUGCGUGGCACAGCUGGAGCUGCUGCCCGCCUGGUUCAGCCCCCCCAGUGUGCUCACAGGCCGCAAAAAGCAGCUGGAGCAGCUGGAGGGGAGCCCCGUGGAGCUGUACUACACGGUGCAGCCCGGUGAUGAGAAGGGCGAGUGCACGGCGGAGGAUGGCCGCAAGGGCAACGCCAUCCGGCCCGGCAGGGAUGGAGGGGAUGAGAGCAUGGCUCACCUGCAGAGGAUCGGCUCUGUCAGCCUGCACCGCGGGCAGGAGGCCUCGCAGCUCGCCGAGCUGCGCCUGGACAGCAACGUGGUGCUGUGGCUGCCCUCCAAGCCCGUCAAGCAGGGCGAGGUGGUCAGCGUGUACGUCACCAUCGCCAACAACUCCACCGUGGAGCAGUUCAUCCUCAGGGCCAAGGUGAAGAAGGGAGUGAGCAUCCUGGGAGCGAGGAGCAGCGACCCCCGGCAGUGGGAGGUGAAGCAGGAGGUGGGCAAUGGAGGGAAGCACUCCACCACCACAGUCCUGUGCCAGAGGAUAGCCCCAGGCUCCAGGAACAGGAGCACCAGCCUGUUCCACGAGGUCGUGCAGCUGGACUUUGAGAUCACCAGCUUCAGCAGCCUGUCGGGCACCCAGCCCAUCAGCUGGCAGGUGGAGUACCCCAGGCACGGCUCCUCCGACCCUGCCCUGGCCGAGAUCUUCAUCUGCCAGAAGGACCUGGUGGCAAUCGUGCCCCUGGCCAUGGACACAGAGAUCCUGAACACGGCCAUCCUGACGGGGAGGACGGUGGCAGUGCCCAUCAGGGUGGUGUCCAUCGAGGAGAACAGCGCUGUCACCGACAUCUCCGAGUCCGUGGAGUGCAAAUCCUCCGGGGAGGACAUCAUCAAAGUUUCUGACAGGUGUGAUUAUGUUUUUGUCAACGGCAAGGAGAUGAAAGGCAAGGUGAACGCCCUGGUGAACUUCACCUACCAGUACCUGAGCGCUCCCCUGCACAUCACGGUGUGGGUGCCUCGCCUGCCCCUGCAGAUCGACAUUUCUGACACUGAGCUCAGCCAGAUCAAAGGCUGGAGAGUGCCCGUUGUGUCCAACAAAAGGCCGGCCAGGGACAGCGAUGACGAGGACGAGGACGAGCGCAGGGGCAGGGGCUGCACCCUGCAGUACCAGCACGCCAUGGUCAGGGUGCUCACGCAGUUCGUGGCCGAGGACUCGGGGCCCUGGGGCCAGCUCAGCUACCUGCUGGGCUCAGAGUGGCACUUUGACAUCACUGACCUGGUCAGGGACUUCAUGAAGCUGGAGGAUCCCCACAUUGCCAGGCUGCAGGAGGGCAGGAUCCUCGUGGGGCGCGAAGUGGGGAUGACCACGAUGCAGGUUCUGUCUCCUCUGUCUGACUCCAUCCUGGCAGAGAAGACAGUGACAGUGCUGGAUGACAAAGUGACCAUCACAGACCUGGGGGUGCAGCUGGUGUCCGGGCUCUCCCUGUUCCUGCAGCCCAGUGCAGCCUCCAGCAGGGCCAUCGUGGCCACAGCUGUGGCCCAGGAGCUGCUCCACACUCCCAAGCAGGAGGCCGUGGUGAGCACCUGGAUCCAGUUCAGCGACAGCUCUGUCACCCCCCUGGACAUCUACGACCCCAAGGAGUUCUCGCUGUCGGCCGUGUCGCUGGACGAGGCCGUGGUGUCGGUGCAGCAGAGCCCGGCGCCGCGCUGGCCCGUGGUGGCCGCCGAGGGCGAGGGCCAGGGCGCGCUGGUCAGGGUGGACAUGCUCAUCUCGGAGAGCUGCCAGAAGUCCAAGAGGAAGAGCGUGCUGGCCGUGGGCAGCGGCAGCAUCAGGGUGAAGUUCGGGCAGAACGACGCGGGCGGCGAUUACGGCGAGGACGACGCCGAGAACCGCGCCAGCGAGCGGCGCCACAAGGGCUGGGAGCAGGAGCGCCAGGGCCAGCACGGCGGGGCCACGGCCACCAGGGACGAGGGGACCCUCAGGAAGGCCAGCACCACCGCCAGGUCAGUCCUCAGGAACAAAGUGCUCAGGAACAACCGGCCCGACGGCGGCAAGCUGUCGGACGACGGGCAGCUGCAGAACAUCCCCAUCGACUUCACCAACUUCCCCGCGCAGGUGGAGCUGCCCAAGGGAGGGGCUGGCGUGGAGGACAACGAGCUGGUGCAGUCCCCACGGGGCCUCAGCGACCUGGAGAUCGGCAUGUACGCCCUGCUGGGCGUCUUCUGCCUGGCCAUCCUGGUGUUCCUCAUCAACUGCGCCACGUUCGCGCUCAGGUACCGCCACAAGCAGGUGCUGGUGGAAGGACAGAGCACCAUGACCCACUCCCACGACUGGGUGUGGCUGGGCAACGAGGCAGAGCUGCUGGAGAACGCGGCGGAGGCGCCGGCGCAGCAGGACGAGCACACCACCAUCAUCGACCGCGGCGAGGAGAGCAGCCAGCUGCUCAACGGCAGCGCCACGCGGAGCCUGCAGGGCCCGGGGCUCAGGGCUGCGGACACGGGGGGCAGGCUGGGCAAGGAGCACAAGGUGGAGCCUCUGCACUCGCCCACCUCCAGGAGGAAGAGGGUUAAAUUCACCACCUUCACCACCAUCCCGGCCGACGACGGCCGCCCCACCGUCAACUCCAUCCUGGGCAGCCAUGACGAUGACAUUAAGUGGGUGUGCCAGGACAUGGAGCUGGGGGACUCCAAAGAGAUUCCAAACUACCUGGGGAAGUUCAAGGACAAAGUGUAGCUCCCUGCCGGGGUUUUUCUGGGUUUAACCACACCUUGAUGCCUUCAGUUCUACAGUAUAUGUUGGGACGGGGGAAGGGGUCGCCGGGAGAAGUGGUGAGGCAGUUUUUAUAAUCAGGGAAAGAAAUUUGCCAAACUGUCCAUGGUUUGUUUUCGUUUUUCACUUCGUUCUGUUGGUUUUUUGUUGUUUUGUUGUUCUUUUUAUUUUAUUUUAUUUUAUUUUAUUUUCCCAUGGUUACUCUGCUACUCAUGGAUUUAGGACGUGGAACACAAAUGGAACUGGUGGGACCAGUACGAUGAACUGGGCAAGAUGAGCUUGUGAGAAUUCAUUUUAUGGGUCAUACAGAUAAUAAUGAUGCAAUGUUUCACAGUACCAAUGGGUCAUACAGAUAAUAAUGAUACAAUAUUUUGCAGUACCAAAAAUACCUGUAAAAAGAAAUGAGAGAAUAUAAGAACAUGAAAAGAAUAAGCAAGAGGCAAACAAUUCCUGGUUCUGGUUCCAAUAAAACAUCACAGCUAUGGACAUGUGACCCACAAGGGGACUUUUCAUAUUGGUACUCGAGCUGUUUCUUUUCAUUCCCUCAUUUGAAAUGAAGAUGUGUCUUUGGCAUUACCUGUGAAGGAGGAAGAAAUUACCUGGUAUCUUCAUUUUCACUUUUCCAUUUGUCUUGUAAAUUGAAACAGAAUCCUUUUCCCUCUUGUAUUUUUCUUUUAAAUGUCUUGAAAACAGGAAAAUUUAAAAUUCAGUAAGUUCACAGUGGGCCAGGAACAUUCUGUUUCUAAGUUAGCUGUGAACAGUCUCCUGUCACUUAAAGAAUUCAGGGGAUAAGUAUUCACUAAAAAUUUCCACGUGGUGUCUCUUCUGAAAGCCUGAGCCUCCAUUCUACCCUAGCUAGAAAGAUGUUCUGAAAGAUUUUCCUUUUCCUUUCAGGUUUGGAUUGCUUGUUUGUUGCUUAUUUUAAAUUUCCACAACCAAAGUUCCUGUGUGUCAGCAAGGGAAGAAGGUGCUGGGUUUUUGUUAGUUUUUACAAGUCCCAAACAAUGGCAGUGCCCCACUGGUGCAUCAUAAAUGUCCC